AUGCGUUUGUCCGAUGAUGAGCAUGAAAUAUUGGAACCGUACCACAUCGCCACACACAAGCAGAGGAAGUCCACAAAAAUGGCGUUUAGAAUUAAAAAAAUAGGUUUUGUUAUAGUCCUUUCAAUGCUUGUGAUAAUUUACUCUAAUUUGAAAACACCGCGAAUAAAUACUGAAGAAAGACUUUAUGGCAAAAUCUACCCCCAGCUCAUUAACGAAAGUAUUCAUGAAAAUAGGGAAUCUGGGAAGUAUGUAUUGAAAAAUCUGUCUGUAAAAUUCCCAGUGGAUAAUAAUGUUACCUUGUUAAUAAAGAAACUCCCUCCAGGCGUGGUAGAAGCGAGUCAUCGAGUACAAAAAUUGCACAUCAACCUUCAUAAUGGGCUAAUUUCAAAAUUAAAUCUCGACUACAAUUUCCCAAUAGAACAUUACAAAUUUUACGAUUACAACGAAUAUUACGAAUACAAAUAUUACGAUUAUUACGCUAGCAAGAAAUUAUAUAACAAUAUUCACUGGAGCAAAAAGUAUAAACAUUCGAAAACUAUUUGCAAAGGAAGAGAUUGGGUCAGUUGCAAUGGCUUCCAGUGUCAAGUCAUACCAGAGAUUUUUGAAAAAAUGCCAAUGAUCGCGUGCUUCUAUAGCGAUUUCGUCGAAUAUAAUGUUAAUGGCUACUUUAUAGGCACUUCAUUGCGAGUAGAUGGAAACGAAACGUGGAAUUUCUUUUUUUCUGAUCAUGUAAAAAUAUCUUGUGAUGAAUUUGGAAAUACUCCUGUCAUGUUAGGCAAUGUUCCUAAGCGACAGUUCUGGACUGGUAUCAAGACUGGUUUUCGAACCGUCUCCGUCGAAACUCCUAGUGGUAGAGAAAAAACACCGAACAUACUUAUACUGGCCUUAGACUCAAUCCCAUAUCACAAAUUUCAUAAGUACUUGCCUCGUGCGUUCGGAGUUUUGACACAAGAGCUCAAUGCCGUGGUACUUCAGAAUUAUAAUGUAAAUAACAGCGAUAUGUUAACGACAUUCAAUAUAAUUAAAAAUGGAUUCAAAUUGCAAGAUAAGCAAAAACUGUAUAGGAAUAUUUAUCUAUACCCUGAUAACUUAUUAAUAAAACACUUACAUGACGAUGGUUACUGUACCGGUUACUUUACGGAUUUAUCCAUGAUAAGCUCAAAAAUUUACAAGUAUCCCACCGACUAUAAGUUACACUAUUUCUUUGAGGAAAAUGACAGAAUGACGAGAGUAGAUGAACUGAACACAACAUUUAGUGAUAUAAAUUGCGUUGGUGAUACACCAAAAUACGCUUUGCUAUUGAACAUUACUCUUCAGUACACCGAAAUACUUGAGAAACGUUUUAGUUUUACUUUCAUAUCUAACAUUACUAAUUAUCCUCGUAGAGCAGUGGAUGAUAAUCUAGUCUAUUUCAUUAGGUCAUUGAAACAUGUGUUAAGAGACACGCUUUUCAUUUUUAUGACGAAUCAGAUUUUUUCAAAAGCCUCACAAUCGACUCCAAAUGUUGAAGAUCUCAAUCAGCUCGUGUUUAUAGUUUUGCCACGUCUACUGGUUAUUGAGAAACCUCAGACGAGGUAUAAUUUAAUGGCCAAUAGAUACAUGUGUACAACACCGUUUGACAUUGACAAGACCAUUCUGGAUGUUGUGGGACUGAAUUUGUUGGGUAAUGAUGACAACCUGACCGAUUCUAAACUGCCUGACGGAAGAAGCUUGCUGCAGAUAUCACGUAAAGUGCACCAGCAGGAUACCUCAACUGCAGGGUACCAUGGAACUUUCUACCUUAUGAGCAAAAAAGAUUUCAUUCUACCGGUGACGAUCAUACCAUUUAGCAUUUUUUGGGUAUUCCAAUGA